UAGGCAAACUCAGAGUAACCUGAAAGCGGGAUGACGUGUAAUGGACCAAAUAGCUUUGAAACUGGUGGCACUCACGAUACUGACCCUGACCGAGAGCUGGCGAACGAGUGCUCACGACUGCAGACGUUUACUACAUUUCCAAGUUAUUGUCCUGUUUCUGCCUUAACUCUUGCCCGAGCUGGCUUCUUCUACACCGGAGAAGGGGACAAAGUCAGGUGCUUCAGCUGUCAUGCAGCCGUAGAAGGAUGGCAGCAAGGUGACUCAGCAGCCGGAAGGCACAAAACCGUUUCUCCUAACUGUGUGUUUAUUAACGGCAUAAACUGUUGGCAGAACGGUGCAUAUUCUGCCCUUCCAAACUCCCACCAGCUGUCUGAAGGCUGCCUUACAAACUCCACUUGGCAGCAAUCUUCUGGGUCUUCCUCUGACCUCCAUGCAGAUUAUCUGUUGAGAAGUGGGCAGGUGGUGGAUCUAUCGGACAGCCUGUAUCCCAGGACUCCUGACAUGUGUAGUGAAGAAGCCAGGCUGAGGUCUUUCCAUAACUGGCCUACCUAUGCCCCUGUAAAGCCGGCAGACUUAGCCAAUGCAGGGUUAUAUUACACCGGUGUUGCAGACCAAGUGGAGUGCUUCUGUUGCGGGGGCAAACUGAAAAAUUGGGAACCCUGUGACCAGGCGUGGUCAGAACAUAGACGUCACUUUCCUAAGUGUUUGUUUGUCCUCGGUCGUGAUGUUGGGAAUAUUGAAAAUGCUUCAAAUCAGUCUAGCAGUGCAGAACUGGAUAGAAGUGAAGUACAUAAUGCCAGUCUUCCAAAAAACCCAUCUAUGGCAGGAUAUGAAGCACGACUCAAGUCCUUUAUGACGUGGAGGUAUUUGGUUAGCAAAGAGCAGCUUGCUCAAGCAGGGUUUUACAGCAUAGGUGAUGGUGAUAAUGUUCUUUGCUUUUAUUGUGGCGGUGGGCUACGAGAGUGGAGGGCGGAUGAUGAUCCUUGGGAGCAACAUGCCCAGUGGUUUCCUGGAUGUAACUAUCUUCUUGAGGAAAAGGGACAAGAUUAUGUCAACAAUGUUCAGUUAACUCAUUCACUUCAGGAUUCUACAAUAAACGAUACUGAAAAUUCAUCACGUAUCGGAGAUGAGGAACUUGCACAGAACCAUAUUGUCCAGGAUGUGAUGCAGAUGGGUUUCAGCCUGGAUGAAAUAAGGAAAGCUAUGGAAAGGAAGCACCGCCUGUCUACUGAGCAUUAUAUAUCCACGGAGGCUCUGGUUUCAGAUUUAAUAAAUGCACAGCGUGAAAAUAUAUGCAGUGUACCUUGUGAGAGCACACUACAGAGAGGGCUCAGUACUGAAGAGCAGCUAAGACGCUUGCAAGAGGAGAAGCUGUGUAAAAUAUGUCUGGAUAAAACCAUCUCUGUGGUCCUUAUUCCUUGUGGGCAUCUCGUCGCUUGCAAAGACUGUGCAGAAGCUGUUGAAAAAUGCCCUUUGUGUUGCAUGGCUAUUGCAAAAAGGCAGAAGAUCUAUAUGUCCUGAUGAGGAACAUCGUAUUGUGCUAGUGCAGCACAUCCAUUGCAAUCGACAGAGGGCGGGUUUAGCAUACAAGUGGAUGCCAAGAGGGUGUUUGUUUGGGAGUAACAAAUGCUGUUUUAACGUAAAGCACUGUAGCAACUGUGCAAAUCAAGUGGCUGCUCUUCAAUCUAGUACUGGCAUGAGACUGAGAUGAUCAGUGUUGACGUGAGCUUGUAAUCAGGCAUCAGAAACCUGUCCUAGCAUAAGUGCUGGGGGGAGGGGGACUGACUUGACACUUUUCUUAGAGAAGCAACCUGUACCAGUCAACUUGUCACCCCUGCCACCACCUGCCUUGCAGCAUGCCUCAUGUAAAGUUAUUCAGAGGCCAAAUGCCCAAAGAGGUUAUUUUUUUUUUUUGUUGGAUUAAUUUUUGUUUAGGCUACAGCAUGUCAGAGGGCUCUUUCACUUUUUGGAGGCAGGUGGUAUUCUGUACUUUGAAACCCCUCCUGCCAGCCGUACCAGUAUAUUUUAGAGAGUUUUACUGGCUUGAUGAGCUUCAGGCCAAAACAGCUGUGGUCAAAAUCGUCUCUCAAUUUGGGAUGGUUAGCGGAUUUUAAGAAAGUUUCAGACUAAGCAGGGGUGAAGUUGCAUAUUUGGCUUUCUGUCUUUUGCAUGCCUCUUCCUCUCAGUGUUGUGGCCCUGGAAAUCAAGUUCUCCCUUCACCUUUUUAAAAUUAUGGAAGUAGAAAGCCUCUAAGAUCUCCCAUCCCUAAGUUUUUGUGCUGUAAGGAAACAGGCUGAUGCUAAUCUGCAUUGAGGAGGAAGGGGCCAUGGACGCAGAGCAAUGGUGGAAGCUGGUUUUUACUGGUCCUUUAAGCAAGAAGGCAGUGCUAAAGGUUGGGUGAUGUCUGCUUGGUUGAAAAAGCCCACAGCCAGCUACUGAAAAGAGGGUUUCAAAAAACCUCGGGUCUGUAUUGCAUGGCUUUUCAUUCACAUGGUUUUUCACCCAACCCUCAGAUGCUGAAGGGGAGGGGAAGGUGGGUAUGAUCUGCCCACUCUUCCCACUGGUGCUUUCAUAGGAUCAAGCCCGCUGAAAUAGCAGAUCAUCAGAAGUGUUAUUGUGGACUGCAGUCAAUACAUGUGAGCCUUGGUUAUUUAGAACUAAGCGGAAAACUGAAUGACAAAGGGGUCUCCCCCAAAUGCACGCUGCUUAAUACAAAGGCCAAGGGACUCCCCCCACACUACCUAGCACAGGUAUGGAUUGGGUCAGAAUUUGAUUGUCUGAUUGUCCUGCAUACACACCUGUCCAGUUAUACUCAGUAAAUCUAGAUGAAUAAACUGACAGAAAUGUAAGGAAGAAAAUCUUAGUUAACAGUUUCAUGGACAGGAUAACACCACGUUCAUGAAGUGGUUUUUGAAUUCCAAAACUGGGGGUUUUCAUUUUAAAGCUUUAGUUAGAACAUCAUGACCCAUUAGACUCCCACCUUUCACUGGUGACUUGCUGUUAACACAUCAAUAUGAAGUCCUUUUGUUUAUGUCAAUGACUCCAGAAUAAGCAAGCUGAAGAUUCUUGCCACUAAUCACUUUUAGAUUUUUGUUUGUGUUUAGCACAUAAAAUUGUUCCUUGGCUUUUGUGUUAAUUUUCCUCCCCCAGCGCUGUCCCUGGAUUAGUCAGUGGUGUUUUGAUCUUUGAUUUUUGAGUCGAUUUGUGAUCCUGCUGCUGAGUAAACCUUAUAUGUGUUCCAUCUUAGAGAUAGUAAUGUGCCAGUUGGUUGCAUGAGAGUUAAUGUGCGCCAGAAAUUAAAACACUACAGUUGCAGUCCUGUGCUUUAAAAUUCCCCAUGACUCGAGAGAGACCAGCACAUGACUACACUGGGGACCUGAUUCACAUUGCUGCUGGGGGGCUGCUGACACUGGUCCUCCAAGGCACCAGAAGCGCAAGCACAGUAGGGUUGAACUGUCUCCGUCCUCCCCCGGUAUGGCCGUGAGGUGCUGCUCUCCACAUCAGCCUUGUGGAUAAAUUGGCUGGCUAGUUUAUAAAAAAAAAAAUCCCUAGUCACAAACAUAAGUGUACAGUAUUUAAAUUCUCUUUAGUGUAAUGUUUGUUGUUCUCCUUCUGCUAUAGUUAUUUAAAAGUCACAGGUAUCAAUGCUGAGCUCAGCCCUCACAACUCUCCUGCUGUGCAUCCUCCAUUGUAUCUUUAAUGGAUCUUGUAUGAGAACACAACCUGUCAGAACAAAUGAAGGCUGCUGCAGUGCCCUGUGGUAGGUUGUGCUCUUAGCUGGCGCUCUGUCCAUCUGUCCUGUCUUUGUUACUUCAAGUAUCAGUCCAGUCAGUCAGUCAAAUCAAUCAAAAUUAUCAAUCAUUCCAACAGGACACAGAUUUUUUUUCACCCAAGAAGAUCUUUAUUAGGCCAUUUUAUUGACUUUGCUUUUUGUUGCUGUUGUUGGAAAUAGAAUAAAUCCUUGAACUAUGCAUUUUUUCUAAUCUGUAGACGCAGGGACAAUGUUAGAGUACAUGUGCAUAACGAGAUUUAGAAAUAAAGCUAUAUAUUUGAUUGUAAAUAUUAAUCAUUGAUCCCAUUUUUCCUCCCUUCUGGAUUAAAGCUUUAGAAAUCUUAAUGUACUGAAGAAAGGACUUAUUUUCAAAGUGCUAUGUAAUCAUGUAAAAUAAUCUCAGAGCUGUUUUGCAGUUCUGCCUUGGUGACAGUUUUUAAUAAAGUAAUUUUUUUUAA